UUCAACAACAUUUACCCUACCUGAUUCUCCACUGAAAUCCCCAAAUCAGCGAGCGAUCCGAUCAUCGGAAAAUGGCCGGAAGAUUGAGCCAAGCAGCGGCGCACAUCAUGGGCGGCAGAGGCCUCGUCGCGCGCUCCGUCGCCUCCUCCCUUCGUACUCGUGCCGGCAUGGGCCUCCCCGUCGGCAAACAUAUCGUUCCCGAUAAACCGCUCCCGGUGAAUGAUGAGCUCAUGUGGGACAAUGGGACUCCGUUCCCGGAACCCUGUAUUGAUCGUAUUGCCGAUACCGUUGGAAAGUAUGAAGCAUUGGCUUGGUUGUGUGGUGGAUUGGGAUUUUUUGCUUCUCUUGGACUGUUGGCUGUCUGGAAUGACAAAGCUUCCAAAAUCCCAUAUACACCGAAGGUAUACCCAUAUGACAACCUGAAAGUGGAGCUUGGAGGAGAGCCCUAGGUAUCUGAUUGCCAGUGGAUGAGCUUGAUGCAUGCUUUCUUGUGUACCCUCCUUCCUUUUGAGGUUAAAAUAAAAUUAUAAACUAUUGUGCUUUAUUGAACAUCUGCAAUCAAAUAGUUGAAAUUAGUUUUGAAAGCACACUAAUCAUUCUUGCCAUCUUACAAGAAUCUGAAGACUCUGGAUCACUACAAUAUGAAUAAUGGCUUUUAUGUUUUAAGAUAGCUGUCUGACUCAUAAAACUUUUCUUAAUUUUGUCUCUGUAAUGGUCUUUAAAGAGUUUCUCUGACACUCGGAAUGUAAUUACUGAAAUUAUGUUUGUUCUUUCUUUAAUUGGGUUUUAUAAGCCAAGAAUAGUUUAUAUGUUUA